AUGCGCCACAUUCCUGCAUGGUUCGUGGCCUGUCUGGCUGCGGCCACCGCCUCGGCCUCUGCCCCGACUUGCAGCACCGACAGCAAGUGUCCGGAAGAUUACCCGUGCUGCUACAGUGGACAAUGUGGUGUAGGAACCUACUGCCUGGGAGGUUGCAACCCUCUUGAAUCGUACUCGCUCGACAGCUGCACGCCCGAGCCCAUCUGCAAGAACCAGACCUACUCGUUCACAAGCAUGGACAAUGCAGUCCUGUACGACCACUACCUUGGUAACGCGUCCGAAUACGAUUGGGUGUACAGCGGCUACCCCAAGAUCAAGAAUGAUAGUCUGUGGUUGACGAUGCCCAACGGCACUACGGGCAGUCUGUACUCCCUCAACCAUUACAUCUGGUAUGGCAAGGUGUCGGCCAAGAUCAAGAGCAGCCGGACGCAAGGUGUCGUGACGGGUUUCAUUCUGAUGUCGGAUGAUUCUGAUGAGAUCGACCUUGAAUGGGUUGGAUACAAUCUGUCGAGCGCGCAGACCAACUUUUACUUCCAGGGUGUAGAAAACUAUACCAAUGAAGUCAACGCCGCCGUGUCUAACGGCAACACCUUUGACGAAUGGCACACCUACACCAUCGACUGGAAGCCCGACGUGUUGGAAUGGCUCAUCGAUGGCACCGUGAUGCGCACACUGACCAAGAACUCCACCUACAACGCUACCUCGGGUGUCUACCAGUACCCCCAGACGCCGUCUCGGCUGGAGAUGUCCAUCUGGCCCGGUGGUUCGGAAGCCGAGGGACUGGGUACCAUUGAAUGGGCUGGUGGUCUGAUCGACUGGGAUAGCACGGAUAUUAAGGAGUACGGCUACUUCUACGCUCAGUACAAGGACAUCACGAUCGAGUGCUACCCUGCCCCGGCUGGAACUAUCGACAAGGGGGACACUUCCUAUGUGUACACCAGCGACAGCGGUCUGUCAGACACUAUUGAACUCUCCGGCAACAGCACCGUUCUCUACAACUUGCAGGAUACUGGCCUGAACAUGACUGCUGGCACCAAGAUGUCGGAUUCGGCUACCGCCUCGGGAUCCAGCUCCGGAGUCAGUAGCACCGGCGGGAGUAGCAGUGGAGACAGCAGCACGAAGAAGAGUGCCGCUUCUGGGUAUGGCGAGCGCGUGAUGGAGGGAUCGGUCCUCGCGGCAGUCGGUGCCGUGGUUGCGCUGAGUCUGUCCUAG